AUGUAUUUGAUUGUUUUAUCGGUUUGGUUCAUCGUCUCAUCACUCGGAUUUCCGCCAACGGAUAUGGUCGCAUUGUCUGAUUAUUUGCAGUCGAGUUUCUUCUUUCCAAAAUCUGAAAAACGACUGAUGUUCGCAUCACCGAAGCAACUCUACUACGAUGACAUACCGACGAAUAAGUUUUUGGGCUUGUUUAAGAAGUAA